AUGGAGCUGAUCCAAGGUUUUAUUCAACCACCAAAAGUGCAGUCUGUAGACGACACAAUCCCGACACUGUGCGACAGAGUUGAAAAUGCCACAUUAUUGAGUGACCGAAGAUCGGCAGUGCUAGGUCUCAAAUCGUUUAGCAGGGACUACAGAGAGGCAGUCAUAGCAUCAGGCUUGAAACCGUUAAUAAGUACGUUAAAGAAGGAUGCAGCAGAUGAAGACUCAGUGAAAGCGAUUUUGGAAACUUUACUUAUUCUGUUCAUCCGAGGCGAAGGAAAUGCAGACUUGACGCGAAACUGGAUUUCACAGCAGUCACGACUCCGGAACGGAAAAUAUCCAUCUCCACUUGUGAUGAAGCAAGAGCAAGACCAAGGAUCAGUAGACCAGUUUUCUCUGUGGAUUGCAGAUUUCAUGACUCAAUCGGAUGAAAUGGUACAUCUUUUCGUGCAAUUGUUGGAAGUUGAGAAUUUUCACAUUAAGCUAUAUGCUAUUCAGCUUCUGGAAGCAUUUGUGGCUUCAAGGGCUUCCCGGACUCGUGACGCCCUCGUUUCAUUGCCUAUUGGGAUCUCAACUCUUGUCUCGCUGUUGGAUGAUGUUCACGAUCCAGUCAGAGAUGAAGCAAUAUUGCUCCUUAUGGCUGUUGCCAAUGAUAGUCCGCAUAUACAAAAGUUGGUUGCUUUUGACAAUAUAUUUGAGAGGCUAUUUAAUAUCAUUCAAGAAGAAGGUGGCCUGCGAGGUUCUCUGGUGGUGAGCGAUUGUCUCUCACUGAUUGUUAAUGUUCUAAAGUACAAUACCUCUAAUCAAACCUUGUUUUUAGAAACCAACAACCUUCCCCAAAUGGCAAGGCUUUUGAACGAGCCUAUGGAGGAUUCCUUUUAUUGGAAUGAUCAAAAGAUGCUUAAUAUUAAGACAUCGAUGGAGAUUUUGCAACUCACCAUUGAAAGGCACAAUACAACCACAUACCGAAACCAGCUUAUCCUUUUCGAGUCUCACCUUCUCAUUAUUGUUUUGAGACUAGCGCUGCUGCCGUCGGCUCCAAAUAGUAUACGACCCUUUUGUCUUCUAGCAGCAGCUGAUAUGAUUAGGGAUAACGGAGAAGUUCAACAAGCGUUUAAAAAGAUUGAUGUUCCUAUGUUUGAUCCAAGCGUGAGCGGAGCUCAAAAAAAUAACACUGGAAAGCUUGUGCCCGUGACUGAGCUACUGCUGAACUGGUGUUUUUUCGCCAACUCGGUUCAUACAUUUGAAAUACGGUAUGCAUCGUCCGAGCUUUUGAAAGCGUUUUUAGAUAAUAACAUGGAUAUUCAGCUGUCCUUCAUCAGAGAUCAAAUAGCUCUUUAUGAAGAGUCUGAUCUACUCGGCGAAAGCGAGGAAGUAGGAGAUCGCAAAUUGGGUAUUUUCCACAUUAUUCUUGAAUAUGAUCCAGAGUUGAAGCUUAACCCCUACAAGUUGUAUUUCGCCGUAGAUUUAGUGCUCUUCCUCUUCGAUAGAGACUCCACGGGUGGAAAUAAAGAUCUAAUGAGAGGGAUCAAGUGCGAAGGAUAUGAUGAUGCAAAUGAGCAUCAAAAUACUUUGGGCCCUAUUCAAACUGUUCUUGAGCUUCUAUUAACUUCAUUCUCUCUCGAAGACUUCAGGGUAAGCAUAUCUUAUCUUAGUCUGUUGAUUUGUUGGCUGUACGAAGAUAGGAACGCAGUUGACGAUUUUCUUUCCAAUAAAGCUGUGCUAAAUUCUCUAAUUUCGUACUCCUCCCAUAUGAAGGAAGAAGGAAUAACCGCCAAUUGUUUAACUUGCAUGGUGCUUGGAGUAGCAUACGAGUUCUCCACACAGAAGAGCCCUCUUUCUCGUUCUGAAGUCUACAAAUUGUUGUCGCAAGGUAUUGGCGUCAACAACUAUUUUUCUAAAGUCAAACAAUUUAAUGAAUGUUCGCUUUUCACUGUCUGCCAAAGAAUGGAAACCACCGUGGGUAAUUUUGAAACAGAUGAUUCAGGUCUUCCCAAAGUUUACUUCAGUCCCUACUUCACGGCUUUGAUCAAAGACAACUUUUAUAGAGUUCAAACUGCUCUCAAGAGGGGACCAGAAAUCGAGGUCAUUGAAAAAGUGUCGUUCGAAUCCUUCGAAGAACUACAAGAGCGCAAGACAUCUCUCGAAAUGAGGCUACAUGAACUUGAGCAAAUUUCAAAGAGAGACGUCACCAUGUUGCAAUCAUCACUUCGUAAAGCAGAGGAGGAAGUUAAAGACUGCCAGGCAAAAAAAGAAGAGGCGAUUAGCAAUCUCAAAAAAAGCAGCUCGGAGCUUGAGACACUCCGAUCCGAACAAAUUACAUUAAGCGAACAAUUGAAGGGCUUAAAUGUAACGAAGGCUCAGCUCGAGUUGGCCAAGGUCAAAAGCGAAGGCAAGUUGAAGGAACUUGGAAAGUAUCUUUCUGAAAGAGACUCCACUGUCGAAAGGCUGGAACUUGAAUUAAACAAAAUUUCGGAGGAGAAAAGAAAUGCUGAAGCUGGUAUCAACAAAAUGAACCGAGAGCUGUUCUCUUUGUCGAAGGAACACAAGGCCUUCAAAAGUGAUUCCGCAAAAAGCGAGGCACAACUGCAUACUACAAUCAACCGCUUAAAAGCCGAAGUACAAAAGCGUGAAGAAGCCCAAAUAGACAAAGAAAGUAAGAUUGCGAUUCAUCUGUCCGAUUUGGAAAAAGCGCAGAAAGAAAUUGUUGGGCUUCAAGAUGAAAAGAAGAGUCUUAAAAGCGAAUGCAGUGAUUAUAAAUCAAAAAUCGAUAAUCAGGAUUCUUUGAUAUCUAAACUCUCCGCCAAGUUAAGAGAAAUGGCAGAAAAAUGUAAGGAGCUUAGUGAAGGUAACCAGUCUAAGUCUUCUGAAAUCAAUGAGCUUGCUUUGAAGAGUAAAGAGAGAAUUUCACAUUUAGAGACUCAAGUUGGUUCGCUUCAGGACAAGAAUACCUCCCUCCACUGUGAAGUUAAAGAUGCAAUUGCAGAGAUUGAGAGCCUACAGAAGUCAAGGAGCGCCGCUAGCAGUGCCCAUAAAGCGCUUUUUGAAGAGAACUCAAUGUUGAAAAAGCGUUUCGGCUCAUUCAACCUUGGCUUGAAGGAUCUAAAGACACACACUGUAAACUUUAGAACUGAGGUGUUAGAAUUACGCAAACAUACUAGCCUUCUAGGCGAAGGUCUCAGAGCUCUACAAAUUACUUACAAAGAGAAAUCGAGCGAAUUAGAGAAGGCCUUGCAAUUGUCGCAAUCGUACAAAAACGAUUUGAAGGCAUCCCAGAAAGAGAAGACAAAGAAGGAAGAGGAAUUGGUGUCUUUGAAAGAUGAACUUAACGGUCUACAACUCACCAAAGAAAACCUAGAAGCUGGGAAAAAGGAGGCUGAAAGAAUCAUUUCAAAUUUGACUAAUGACUACAAGGAACUGGAGAAAAAACUUAAUGAGGAGCGUGCAGGCUUUGAAAGUCAAGUUGGUCAGUAUGUGGAGAAGGAAAACAUCAGCUCAGAAAGAGUGAAAUCACUGGAACUUGAAUUACUCAAUUCAGAAGAGUCGAAAGAGAAGUUUCAGAUACAAUCUAAUGGGUUGAUAAAAAAUUUUGAGGAGAAACUCAAACUUGCUACAGUGGAGUUAUCGAGUUUAAGCGCCAAAGCUAGCGAAGACUCCGAAAAAUUGGCUUCUUGCCAGACCGACCUUCACAAUAACACCUUGAAGUCAGAAAAACUAGAAUCUCGCUGCAACGGCCUAGAGAAGGAGCUGGAACAUGCGCGCUCAGAUUUGCUGAAGAGCAGUUCCGGCAACGAACAGAUCCAAGCGAACGUCUUACAAGUGAAGGAAGAGCUUUCGAAAACUGAGUUGCAGCUGAAAGUCAAAAAUGAUACAAUCGAGACUCUUGAAAUAGAAGUAGGGAAAUUGACUGACGAGUGCAGGUUUACGGCAGAUGAACUCAGCAGUUCAAAGACAAUAUUUGAAAGAGAAAGAAAGUCUUUAAUAGAAGAUAUUGAUAAUCUGAAAGCCGCGCUCAAAGUAAAAAAGGCAGAGUUUGAAAAGGAGAGAGAAGCCAUGGAUGAGGGAUCUGCCAGCGUUGCUGGCGAAUAUUUGAGGAAAAUUCGUAGUUUAGAGGGCCAACUGGAAGUUCUACAAAACGAUAAGGACACAAAAUUAGGGCAGUCUGAAAGCGAAAAUGUAAAGAUGAGCGAACUCUUAAGAAGGGCUGAGAGUAGAGCUGCUAAUAGUGCCAAUGAGCUCGAGCAGAUGGCUUCGAGGUUGUCUAAAGCGAAAGAGAUUCAACAAACAAUUGACGAAAAACAUAGCGCGUUAAUGACCAGAAACCUCUCCCAACUUGAAGAUUACAAGAUUCAAUUGAAAGACUUGGGCUUGGUUCUCUCUCAAAAAGAUGACAGUAUACGGGCAUUGGAGACCAUGGUUGAAAGUCUUGAGUCUAGAGUUGCUAAUCAAGAGCAACAGCAUGACAUUCAAGAAACGCGGUUACGCGAUGAAUUGCAGCAUACAAAAGAUGGUUUGCAACUUGAACUGGAGAAUAUACAAAAGCUUGCUAAUGAAGAACGCUUGAGAUUGGAAGAAGAUUCAGCCAAAAAUCGAAUUCGCUCUGAACAAAUAGCAUCAGAACUUCAGGAUAUGAGUCACGAGCUUAAGAGUAAAUCUGCUCAUAUUGUGGACUUAGAACAAUCGUCUUGGCAACACGGGCAGCUCCAAAAAUCAAAUCAAGAAGUUGUCACAAGGCUCGAAAAAGUCGAAAAAGAAAAUGAAGAGCAUAAAAAACAGUUAGAGAGGGAAAAGCAGCUCAACAAUGAUCUUUCUACUGAACUUAAAAGUCAGCAACAUGAAUACCAAGAGCAGAAACUUGUACAGUCCAAUAUUCUGACUGAAAAAGAAUCUAUUAUUUCAAGUUUGAGAUCAGAAGUUGAGGCAUUAAAGCGCGAGAAGAGCAAUUGGAAGGCUGGAACAGACAGAAGCGAGAUAGAUGAUUUGAUGUUGCUAGUUUCCGAGCUCGACGAGAAGAAUAGCAGAUAUCGCAAUAAGCUUGAAGAUCUGGGAACUAACUUCACGUCAGAUGACGAUGAAGACGACGAUGACGAUGGCGAUGACGAUGAAGAUGACAAUGAAGAUGAAGAUGAACACGACGAAGAUGACGAUGAUGGUGACAAUGAAAUCAAAAAUUAA